CCGGGUGAAAGCAGAUCUACUAAAUAGCGUUAAAUCCAACCAAGACAUUCUUAAUGACAUCAAGACACGGCUGGACACUUACAACUCAGAGGUGAUGGAUCUUCGGGAUGCCAUGAAUGAGGCUGUGAAUAAGACCAUAGAGACUGAAGGCCUCAACAGCCUUAACCACAACAGCCUGGAGGAAAACAAGCUGAAGCUUAAAGACCUAAAGACUCAGCACAAGGAACUGGUGGCAGCCGUUAAGAUGGCAGAAGAUGCGCUUGUCCAGGUCUCACAAAUCCUGCAGAUGAUGGAGGACCUGAAGGAAGAAUAUGAGAAGCUGGCUGCAGGCGUUGAUGGAGCUCGGAGCUCAAUCAUGGAAAAGGCUAAGACAUUCUCCCCUGCGAGCAGCAAGUUGGCAAUUGUGGAGCAGGCUGAGGAGCAUGCCAAAAUGCUGGGACAGGUGGCCAAAAACCUCAACAAUGCCAUUAUAGACUCCAAUCAAGACGAAUUCAUCCAGAAGGCCAUAAAUGCAUCCAAUGCUUACUCCAGCAUUAUCGAAGCCAUGAAGCAAGCCGAGAAGGCGGCAAAGGACGCCAGCCGUGCAUCGGGAGAAGCACUUAAGGACGUGGUGUCCCAACAGCUUGCAAAAAAAGGAAAAGAACUGAAGGACAACAGCUCAAAACUGGAGGAAAGAGCCAGAACUGCUCAGAGCGAAUUAAACGGAGAUGUCCAGAAGAAGCUGCAGGAAGCCACAAAGAAGCUGGAAGACAGCAAAACAAAGAAGGCAAAAUUAGAAUCCGACCUGAGAUCUGUCAUAGAGAAAAUCAGCAUGACACAAGAUAAUGUGUCCGAUAAUAUUAAUAGAGCUAAGGCAAAAGCUGCCGAGGCAAACAAUACUGCCACCAAAGUGGAAGCCACCCUAACCGACAUCAAGAAGAACCUGGAGCAAUGGAAAAACAAGUACGGGAAUAUGCGCAAUGAGGAUGUGAAUAAGGCAGUUGAAGAGGCAAAAUCUUCAGUGUCCAACUUGGAGAACACCAUCCCGCUACUUCUGGAUAAACUCAACAAGUUAGAGGGCCGUCAAGGACAAAAUGGCAGCAUUUCAGACAGUAUCCAGCGAAUCCGCCAGCUGAUCUCUCAGGCAAGAGAUGCUGCCAGCAAGGUUAAAGUUCCUGUGAAGUUUAAUGGCAGCUCCGGGGUCCAGCUCCGCACUCCCAGCAACCUUCAUGACUUGUCUGCCUACAUAUCUCUGAAGUUACACAUACAGAACCCGUCACCGCAGAGCAAGAAGAAGCGCCAAGCCGAAGGCGACGAGGCGCGUUUUGUGAUGUUCCUUGGGCAUGAGGAUGGUGAAGGAGAUUAUUUUGGGCUGGUCCUGAGAGGCAACAGACUGCAGUGUAUCUAUCGUCUGGGGGACCAGGAGCCCACCCUCCUGACAGCCAACGAGGACAUCAAAGAGCAGUUUGUCACUGUCGUUGUAGAGAGGAUUCUGCAGUACGGCCAGAUGUCUAUCUUUGUAACCAAGGACAGCCUGCACGAGAUCAAAGGAGACAGCAAAGCAAGUGGAGAGCAGGGACUGCUGAACCUGGACCCCCAGAAAGUGGUCUUCUAUGUAGGCGGCUAUCCAUCUAACUUCAAGCCUCCUGCCUCAAUGGAUUAUCCAAACUUCAAAGGCUGUAUAGAAAUGGAUACCCUCAAUGAGAAGCCAAUCAGCCUGUAUGACUUUGAGAGAGAACCUUCCAGCUGGACACAACAAAGGAUAAACCGUGUGCCAGGUCUAAAUCUACUGGAGACCCGUGGGUCACUGAUGGCUCCUACUUUGAUGGAGCUGGCUAUGCUCAGGUCAGGCUGGAGAACCUUUCAGGAGUGUCCAAGAGAUUUGAGAUGGAUGUCCGUCUGGUUUCUUAUAAUGGCAUUAUCUUCUUUCUGGAUGCCGAGGACCAAUUUUUAUGCCUUGCGGCUCAGGAGGGGAAAUUAACCCUUUAUUACAAUGUUGGAAGUGGCACAGAGAAAGCCAAGUCCAUGGAAUCCACCCAGCUGUUUGUAAGCAGUUCCAGCACCAAAGCGAUACAAGUUAUCUUGGCCUUUAAGAAAAAAAUCUUUGUACGCUUGGAGAGAACGACUGUUUACACAGUGGAGUAUGAUGGAGGCAAUUUAGAGACCUCCCAAUACUUCUACCUUGGAGGUCUUCCAUCAGAGAAGAUCCCGGAAAGUUUAAAGGAUUUUUUCCCAACCGGAGGGUCCAUCAGAGGCUGUAUGAAGGGGCUCAAAGCAUUAGGCAAAUACGUGGACUUAAAGCGUAUGAAUACAACUGGUGUCAGCUAUGGCUGCACCACAGACCUGCUGAUCGCCAGGUCGGUGCAGUUCCAUGGACAUGGCUUCCUCAAUGUGAACCUGAAGCAUGUGCCCAGUUUCCAGGAUGACUUUGCUGCAGGUUUUGGGUUCCAGACCAGCCAGCACAAUGGACUGAUGUAUCACCAGUCCAGUGAGGAGGGAUCCUGUCAGGUGUCAGUGCAGGAUGGACAUCUCUUAGUGAAGCUCCUCUCCACAGAACUCACCUCUAGAGCACCGUAUUCCGAUGGAGUGGGACACUACUUGUCUCUUUACAGCAAUAAAAAGGAGGUGCGGCUUUACAUAGAUGACCAACUACAAGGGAGUCGUCGGUUGUCAGACGGCAGCAGGAGGAGGCGGCAGGAUGCGGCAGGUAUUGGCCUACUCCUUGGUGGUGCGCCUGAUAGUGGUUUACCUGGAAACCUGAGCGGCUGCAUCAGUAACGUCUUUGUGAAAAGUAUUACUGGACCUCAGAUGGUUCUAGAUCUGCAACAGAAUCUACGUAGCAUGAAUGUAACAAUGAGCUGCCAGGAGGCGACAGAGCAACGUCCACAAGAGAUUCGAGCUCUGCUAAAGAAGGAUAAACUGAAAAUGAAGCAGGCUCGACAGAGGAAGCUGGCCUUAAUGCAUCACCAGAAUCAGCUCAAUUCAUCAUGCAUGCUUCCCAAAACUGUCAAAGGGGCAUUCCAAUUUGGAGGUUCCUCUUCCAGCCAUCUGGAAUUUACAGAUCUUCCUGACUUCCGCCAAGAAAGGUUCUCCUUUUCAAUGGAAGUUCGGCUGAACGCCUCAAAUGGGCUUCUCUUUUAUGUUGCCAAUGAACAAGGAACCUCUUCUAUGUCUCUCCAAGUUUUACAUGCCAGGUUUGUGAUCCUGAUGAACAUUGAUGGAAGGAUUCAUCGACUGAAGAGUAAAGACAAAUACACAGAUGGGCUCUGGCACACGGUUUUCUUUGGGAAAGAGAAGAACAAGCUCCGUCUGGUCAUCGAUGGCCUGAAAGCGCAGACAGUCGUCAUACGCUUGGGAUCCACCUUGUCUUUGACCAGUCCAGUAUAUGUUGGAGGAGUCCCUGCACUGAGAAACCUUCCAGACAGCAUGGACGGUGCACUGAAUGGUUUCCGGGGCUGCCUGAGAGAUCUGAAGAUGAAUGGGAAAGCCAUGGGUGCUCCAGGGAGAGUUGUGGGGGUCACUCCUUGCUUUGAAGGGUUCACAGAAUCUGGAUUGUUCUUCUCGGAUGGAGGAUUCCUCAGAUUGGGGGACCUGAUUGACCUGAGGUCGGAUCUGGAGCUGAAGUUAGAGGUGCGGCCCAUGCACCCCUUUGGUCUUAUAUUCCACAUACACUCUGAGAAUGGCAACUCCAUCAGUGUGUCUGCAGCUGAUAAAAAGGUCACUCUAGUUCUAACGGAUGAACGAGGCAAACACAGCACAGAGGUGAACCUGCAGCAGCCUCUGUGUGACGGGCAGUGGCACACCAUAGCCGUGACCAAAGGCAGUAAUGUCAUCCAGCUGGACGUGGACACAGAAGGAAGCCACUUGGUGGGAGUCAGUCCGUCCUCCCACAUCCACAGUCAUGGGACCCUGUUUGUGGGCGGAGUUCCCGCGACACUUCGCAGCUCAGAAGUCUUAUCACCUCCAUACCAUGGCUGUAUGAGAAACCUCAGCAUGAAUCGAAAGCUUGCCAACGUCUCGAAGUCUGGAACGUUCUCAGGAUCUUCUGGUGUCAACGUCUGUCCAGCGCUCUGA